UUAUGCCUUGGCACUGUGUGAGAAUGGUAGUUGGGUUUCAAGAAUAUCAUUGUAUUGUCUGAGAUCUCCAUGGAAGCAGCUUCAGAGAAAAGAUGAGAACAGCUUCUGCUCGUUCGAAAUCAAGACCUUCAAGCAAAUUCGUCCCGACUUCGAAAACGGUGCACAAACUCCUCAAGGAAUAUUCCACGAAGCUACUCGACCUCAACGUAUUCACGGAGCAUCUCGAAAAUUGGGUGACGGAGUACAGUGAGGGCCCACUCAAUUUCACCUCCCCCUUCUCACUCGAUGAACUUCGCACAUUCGACUUUGCAUUGGAGGGUGUUUUAUUUCAGCAGUUAAUACGCAUGCCUUGUCCACCUCAUCACCCUUCGGACAACAACCUUAAAGAAGACGAGUUUCUUGCGCUCGAAGAUUUUCUCCACACCGCCGCACAAGGACUAUGGCAAACUUUUUGGCACAAGAACAAGCCUCUCCCGUUUUUCCUAUCUUACCCUCGAUAUAUAGGAUCCAAAUUCUACACUAUCGAGAAGGCGAAAUCGAGGGGGAGGCUCGGUGGGCUUUGUGGGGCCGCUUGGACGUCGAAAAGUAAAGCUCGUUGGGAUGAUGUCGUCGAAUUUGUGUUGUUCAAACAAAAUCUUGACGAAAAUGCCCUUUCUCCUAAGGUUAUUUGUGAAGCUCUCUUCUAUGGUGUUCAUAUGCUGUUUUCGAGGAGUUUGAGUGGGUACAAAAGUGUGGAAGAAACCGAUUACGUUUUUGUGUCUAUUCUCGACUCGAAAUACGGAGGUGUUGUGAGAAUUGGCGGUGAUUUAGGCAAACUCGAGGUCGAUCUGAGCGACCCUUAUAAGUCCAUGGCCGAGUGGAUCACGCGUCAUGCUGACGUCAGCGUCUCUUGUGUUGACCGAAUAUGGAACGGGAUGGGGAAUGUGAAUUGGGGGGCCCGUUUGAGCCUUGUUUCUGGAGACAUGUUGCUGCUGGAAGAUCGGAACGAGGGCUUAAAGAGUUUUCGAGUAGAAGAGCUUGUUAAUGAUGGUGGUGGAAAUAGUAAUUUUUCGUAUAUUGCCGUCGCGGCCGACUCCUGCACGGCGGAGGUGUUGAAUUUGUUCGUCGGGGCCCACUCGUCCCGUCUGGAGCCCUCAUGGGAGGACAUGAAUCUUUGGUACCAAGUGCAACGGCAAACGAAAGUACUCAAUAUCUUGAAAGAAAACGGUGUUUCGAGUAAAUGUCUGCCCGAGAUUAUAGCUUCGGGCCGGGUCGUCCAUGCGGGCCCGUGCGAUAAGAAGGGCCCGAACGGAGUUUGCGAUCACCCGUGGUGCGGUACGCCGGUGCUCGCCACGUGCCCCGUCGGAGAUCCGGUUUCUUGUGUUGUCGGCCCGUUUUCGAGCGACGAAGCGACCCGUUUAUGCCGGGAUUGUUUAGCGGGUUUGCGGAGCGCGAAAACGUUAAAUAUCCUCCACGGAGAUAUCCGACCCGAGAAUGUGAUCCGGGUCGACGAGUCGGGAUUCGUUUUGGUCUCGUGGGGCCGGGCCGUAUUGGAGGAUCGAGAUAGCCCUUCGCUAAAUCUACGUUUCUCGUCUACCCACGCCCUACAACAUGGGAAGUUGUGCCCUUCUUCGGAUAUAGAGAGUCUCGUUUAUCUAGUGUAUUUUGUUGUUGGUGGAUCAAUGAAGGAGCAAGAUUCGAUAGAGUCCGCGCUGAGUUGGCGGAGGAGGUGUUGGGAGAAGCGUGCUAUCCAGAGGAAGCUGGGACAGGUGUCGCCUAUCCUGAAGGCGUUUGCCGAUUAUGUGGACAGCGUUUGUGGGACAACGUACGCCGUCGAUUACGAUGCUUGGUUGAGGAGAUUGAAUCGGGCCGUUGAUGGAUCGGACGACGGACGGGGUAAAAUGGUCGAAGAGGGGGUGAGGGUUAUGUGUGUGGCUGAGUCUUCGGGAACUUCUGGUGGUGGAAAUUCUUUGUGAUUUUUUUUUUCUUUAAUUUUCCUUGAGGAGUUUUUGAAUUGAUUGAUAAUUGCAUUUCAUUGAUUCAUUA